GUAGGUGUAUGUAAAUGGAUAAACACAAGCAAUCAGAAAGGAAAAGUGUUCCAUCCUUGAGUAACUAUUAGGUACCAGGUGCUACCAUGCUGCCCGCGGCAAACCCUAUGAACUGGUUACUGACUGGUUUCUGUUUUUCCGAGACCAGAAACUGCGGCUAGGUGAGGGACAGUGUCACAGAGGAGGGAGGGAGCCCAGGGCCGCUGACCCACAGGCUGGCUCCUCCCUGCUGCCCAGGUGGCCCGUGGACUCAGGCCUGGGCCAUGUUCCUGGGCUGGCGCCGGGCAGGAGGCCCUAUGAAUCCAGCCACCAACCCCUCCCCUGCCUAGGGAAGCCCCAGUGUGGCCAGGCUGCCAACAAUGCCUCCCAUUCAGCCUUGUCCCUGCUGCCAGGCCUGCGGGGGCUGGGGAGGGGGCCUCCUGCCUUCGUCAUCCAGCGAGCGGGGACUGUCGCCGGCCUUUCCCUUGUGCUGUGCCUGCAGGCAGGGCUGGCAGAGACAGCAUGGAGGGGCCCCAGAGCUGCGCCCACACCUCCUUGCUGCUGCUGCUGCUGCUGCCGCUGCUGCCACCACCAGGCCCAGCUUGGCGCGCGGCAGCCCAGCGCUGCCCCCAGACCUGCGUCUGUGACAACUCCAGGCGCCACGUUGCCUGCCAGCGCCAGAACCUCACUGAGGUGCCGGACACCAUCCCUGAGCUGACCCAGCGCCUGGACCUCCAGGGCAACCUGCUGCAGGGGAUCCCCCCAGCUGCCUUCCGGCACCUGCCCCAUCUCACGCACCUGGACCUGCGCCACUGCCAGGUGGAGCAGGUGGCCGAGGGUGCCUUCCGCGGCCUGGGCCGCCUGCUCCUCCUCAACCUGGCCUACAACCGCCUGAGCGCGCUGCCCCAGGAGGCCUUGGACGGACUGGGCUCGCUGCGGCGGCUGGAGCUGGAGGGGAACAUGCUGGAAGAGCUGCGGCCCGGGACAUUCGGGGCACUGGGCGCUCUGGCCACGCUGAACCUGGCCCGCAACGCCCUGGUCUACCUGCCCGACAUGGCCUUCCAGGGCCUGCUGCGCACGCGCUGGCUGCAGCUGUCCCACAACGCGCUCAGCGUGCUGGCCCCCGAGGCCCUGGCCGGUCUGCCGGGCCUCCGCAGGCUCAGCCUGCACCACAACGAACUCCAGGCCCUGCCUGGCGCAGCCUUGUCCCAGGCCCGCAGCCUGGUGCGUCUGGAGCUGGGCCAUAACCCUUUCACCUAUGCGGGCGAGGAGGACGGGCUGGCGCUGCCGGGCUUGCGCGAGCUGGUGCUGGACUACGGGGCCCUGCAGGCCUUGGAUCCCCGCGCCUUCGCCCACUGCCCGCGCCUGCGCACCCUCGACCUGCGAGGGAACCAGCUGGACACGCUGCCCCCGCUGCAGGGCCCGGGCCAGCUGCGCCGCCUGCGGCUGCAGGGGAACCCGCUGUGGUGCGGUUGCCAGGCGCGGCCCCUGCUUGAGUGGCUGGCGCGCGCGCGCGUGCGCUCGGACGGCGCGUGCAGAGGGCCGCGGCGCCUGCGGGGUGAGGCCCUGGACGCCCUGCGGCCCUCGGACCUGCGCUGCCCGGGAGACGCGGAGGAGGAGGAGGAGGAAGCAGAGCGCGCCGUGGCCCCGCCCCGCGGCCCUCCGCGCGCGCCGGGGGAGCCGGAUGCGGUGGCUGCGCCCUGCCCGCGCGCUUGCGUGUGCGUCUCCGAGUCCCGGCACAGCGGCUGCGAGGGCCGCGGUCUGCAGACUGUGCCCCACGGCUUCCCUAGCGACACUCAGCUCCUGGACCUGAGGCGGAACCACUUCCCGUCGGUGCCCCGAGCGGCCUUCCCCGGCCUGGGCCACCUGGUGUCGCUGCACCUGCAGCAGUGUGGCAUCACAGAGCUGGAGGCCGGCGCCUUGGCGGGCCUGGGCCGCCUCAUCUACCUCUACCUCUCGGACAACCAGCUCUCGCGCCUCAGCGCCGCUUCCCUCGAAGGGGCCCCCCACCUGGGCUACCUGUAUCUGGAGCGUAACCGCUUCUCGCAGGUACCCGGGGCCGCCCUGCGCCCUCUGCACAGCCUCUUCUCCCUGCACCUGCAGGACAACGCUGUGGACCACCUGGCACCCGGGGACCUGGCGGGGGUGCGGGCCUUGCGCUGGCUCUACCUGAGUGGAAACCGCAUCACCGAGGUGUCCCCUGGGGCGCUGGGCCCAGCACGAGAGCUGGAGAAGCUGUACCUUGACAGGAACCAGCUGCGAGAGGUGCCCACGGCGGCCUUGGAGGGUCUGCCUGCCCUCCUGGAGCUGCAGCUCUCGGGGAACCCGCUCAGGGCCCUGCACGAGGCGGCCUUCCGGCCUGUGGGCCGGUCCCUGCAACACCUCUUUCUAAACAGCACUGGCCUGGAGCAGAUGUCUCCUGGGGCCUUCCUGGGCCUGGGGCCUGGGCUGCAGAGCCUGCACCUGCAGAAGAAUCACCUGCGGGCUCUGCCUGCCCUGCCGGGCCUCAGGCAGCUGGAGCUCAUUGACCUCAGCGGCAACCCCUUCCACUGUGACUGCCAGCUGCUCCCGCUGCACAGGUGGCUCACUGGGCUGAACCUGCGGGUGGGGGCCACCUGCGCCAGCCCUCCCAGUGCCCGUGGCCAGAGGGUGAAGGCUGCAGCUACCGUCUUUGAAGCCUGCCCGGGUGGAGCUGCCAGGAAGUCUACACAGACACCAGCGGCUAGGCCUGGUGCCCGGAAAACUUCCAUGCAGGGGAGACAGCGGGAAGCAGACAAGGUGGGGAAGGAGAGGGGCCGCCUCUGAGCACGGAGCAGGCUGGCCCUGCCUCGACCCGCUCCCACGGCUCUUACUCUCGUCGGGAACGGGCUCCGACGAGAUCUCCCCCGCCGUCUGCAGGUCGUCGUCCAGCAGCGGCUUCUUGGACCCCUGCCUGAGGGGCCGGGUCUUGGUCGGCGGGAUCCUUUUCCCUUUGAAUAAAAAUGGAAUCAAACCCAGAA